AUGUCCCUGGCUUGGGUGCUAGCCUCAUAUCACAAGCUGCUGCGGGACUCCAGGGACGACAAAAAGAGCAUGAGCUACCGAGGGGCCCUGCUGCACCUCCUCUGGCGCCUCUUCACCAUCUCCUCCAGAGUCCUCUCUUUCGCCCUCUUUGCUUCCAUCUUCCAGCUCUACUUUGGCAUCUUCGUGGUGGUGCACUGGUGCGCCAUGGCCUUCUGGAUCAUCCACGGCGGCACGGACUUCUGCAUGUCCAAAUGGGAGGAGAUCCUCUUCAACAUGGUGGUAGGGAUCGUGUACAUUUUCUGCUGGUUUAACGUCAAGGAAGGGCGGACUCGAUACCGAAUGUUUGCGUAUUAUACGAUAGUCUUGACCGAGAACGCCGCCCUGACGUUCCUUUGGUAUUUUUACAGAAACCCGGAGACCACCAACGCGUACGCGCUGCCAGCACUGUGUUGUGUCUUUGUUAGCUUUCUGGCCGGGAUCUCGCUCAUGCUCUUGUAUUACGGGGUGCUGCAUCCCAUGGGGCCGCGAGCUAAGAUCUUUGCGAGCUCCUGUUGUGCCGAGCUGCUCUGGGGCAUCCCUCUGCCCCCCGAUGUUGAGCCCAUGGCGCCUCAGACCCCUGGGUACCGGGGGACCCAGGUCACGCCCACCAGAGCCGUCACGGAACAACAGGAGGAUGUCACGGCCGACACUUGCCUGCCCGUUUUCCAAGUGAGACCCGUGGAGCCUUCUACCCCGUCGGGGCGUCCUUCCCACCCAGAAGGGCCCCUCAUUAAGAUUGACAUGCCAAGAAAGAGAUACCCAGCCUGGGAUGCCCAUUUCGUAGACAGGAGGCUGAGGAGGACCAUUAACAUCCUGCAGUACGUGACCCCCACCGCGGUAGGCAUUCGGUACCGGGACGGACCGCUGCUUUACGAAUUGCUGCAGUAUGAGUCUUCACUCUGAGCCCCCGGGCCCAGGUGGAGAGGGGACCUCAGCCGGUGGCGGUCAACACCGCGUGCGAGAGAUCCGCCCCGCCCUGCCCCGUACACAGAAACACCACCUCCACCUCCACCACCACCAUCAAUGCCACCACAGAAGGGUGCCGGGUCUCAGCCCUUCAGAUAAGC